CCCGCCGCCGCCGCCGCCGCCGCCGCCGCCGCCGCCGGCAGCAGCAGCCGCCCCGCGGGCCAGCACCACCGGCUGCCGGUCUCCGUGACAACGCGACCCCAGGGGGGGGGCCGGACCCGGCGGGGGCAGGAGGCGGAGAGACCGGACCUUUCACGGCAAUAUCCUCAUGGGCCGGCGGCGGGGGGUCUUUAUCCCCCUCCCCGGGGGAAGCGGCGCCCUUCUCGGUAGCGGGGCUCAGGCGAUGCCGGCGGAUUUUCUUCACUCAACGAGCAGAGCAUCCAACAUGGCGCUGCGGCCGCCUCCAGCAGUCCGGCAGGACGGCCGCUCGGAAAACUUCGGGGCUUUUCGGAGCGGCUCGGGAGGCCGAGAGUGGGAAGCGCCUUCGGCUCUUUCCGGAGACUGCGAGCGGUCGGGAUUCUUCGGAGACGCUCGGGGGGCGUCUUCGGCCGCCGUUCGGGAGAGCUCUGGGGCUGACUCGCCUCCUCGGGAAAGAUCGGCGAGGGGGGCUUCCCAGGCUCGCUGCAGCGGGGGUGCUGGGUGGAGGCAGAGACCAAAGGCGACGUCUGGUCCGCCAGAGCCCUCCCCUGCCGCCCAGCCUCCAAGAACAAUGGCAACGGCCCUGGAGCUUGCGGUCCGCAGAGCCCUGCCCGCAGGGGCGGGAGGCGGUGAGGCGAGAAACCUCGGUUACAGUGGAAGGAACCGCUUAACCAGAGUGAAACCGCUGGAAAGAAACCCGCUGCGUGCAUCUAUUAGCAUAAUAAAUAGCACUCGCCGGCCCCUAAGGCAGUUCUCGUCCAUUGUGUCGACACUUCGCCCUCCUACACUCGGAGAGGCAUGUUUUUCUCACUGCCCAGGCUGAACGAGGCACCCUGCCUCCAGGCUCCCAAGGCUUAGCUGUCUCAGGACACCUCUAUGAGCCAUUGGAAUCAACUUACCAAGCUUGAGUUUGAUUCUCAGCCCUGCCUUGUAUUAGCUCGAUGAGC